CAUUCCGCUCCAGCCAUACUCCGUGACGUGUCGCAAUGCUGCCUGGAGAGACUCAGCACACACACACGCACUGAAACACUCUUCCUGCACCGCAAGGGCAUAGAGCGCAUCCUAAUUUCACUCUGCUAUUGAUCACAAGGGCGAGAUCUUCCAACACUAGUCCUGUCGCAGACUGAAUCAGCUGCUGGUGGAUGAGCUGAACGUGUUGACUCUGUGCGGCUGGGACUGUUUUCGUGGAAUGAAGUGGUAAUACCCAGCAGGGAGGGGAAAAUCUGCAGAACUGUUAAAACCCAGGAGUGGCUCUAGCUUUGGAUUAAUACAGAACUGUUGAGCUAGGGCACACGUGACCAUCAUAUAUUCUCUUCUCUACAAUGAUGGGCCAGGAGGAAACUGAUUAUGGCAAUGUCUCUUAUGAAUAUAUGGAUUACGAGGACUUUGAGGAGAUGAAAGGAGAGACUUACACCCAGAAGGAAAUUCUGCAUAUUAUUUCCGUGGUCAUCUAUUCUUUAGCAUUUGUGAUUGGUGUAACUGGGAAUGGCAUUGUGAUCUGGGUCACUGCUUUCAAAAUCAAACGGACAGUUAACAGUGUGUGGCUGCAGAACCUUGCUAUUGCUGAUUUUGUGUUUGUCUUAUUCCUACCUUUCUCCAUUGAUUAUGUGCUGCGUGACUUUAAUUGGAUCUUUGGCUGGACAAUGUGCAAGCUGAACUCUUUUGUUUGUACAAUGAACAUGUACGCCAGUGUGUUGUUCCUUACUGUGAUCAGUCUGGACCGCUACAUUUCUCUCGUGCACCUCAGUUGGUACCAAACGUUCCAUACAGUGCCACGGGCCUGGGGUGUCUGUGUAUUGACCUGGGUCAUAGCCAUCUUCCUAAGCACUCCAGCUCUAAUAUUUAGAGAAACAGUAAACUAUCACCGAAAGGUUGUGUGUUUCAAUAACUUCCAGGGUGAGAACACACAUGAUACUAAGGUGAGACACAUUUCUUUGGUGACUCUCCGCACCAUAGUUGGCUUCCUCCUGCCGUUCCUCACCGUCAGUGUGACUGCCAUAUUAUUGUUUGGAAAGAUGAAGCAGUUUGACAAUAUACACUUCUCCAGCUUCUCCAAAAUGAUCUCAGCAGUUAUCGUGGCUUUCUUCCUGUGCUGGGCACCGUUCCAUAUCUUUAGCCUUAUGGAGCUCACUAUGCACUACUCACUCUCGCUGGGUCAUGUCCUGAGUGUAGGCUUCCCUCUGGCCACCAGCCUGGCUUUCUUCAACAGCUGCAUCAAUCCCAUACUGUAUGGGCUGUUCAAUAAGAAUGUGCGGACGAUUGUCAAGAGCUCCUGCAUGAGCCUCACUAAAAACUCACUGCGAGAGCUCAGCCACAACCUAUCUGUCACUGAGACAGUUUCGCUUGCACCCAGCUGCUCACCUGAAGAACCCACUACUCACACUUGUGUCUGAAGGACAAGCUCUAAAACAUCAGUAAACAAACCUGUUGACUUCUUUAACAUUUGUGAUAAUAUUUGUAUUUUACAUAUGUACAUGCUUUAGAAAUCUGAUCAUAUAGAAAAAAAUAUAAUUUUUUUUUAAUAUGUAAUCUAUUUUGCACAAGUUAAAAAUAUGUAAGGAACUUAACACUUAUAACUUCUCUUUUAUUUCAUAGAAGGCUAAUACCAGGGAGUUUUUAUAAUUUGCUUUCUUUAGAACAAGUCUUGUAUGGGUGCCAGAGUAUAAUGACAAUAAAUAUCGCCGUGUGGAAAA